AAUCGCCGUUUCCCGUUGCCUCCUUGACGCACCGUCCUGUUCCCUACGAAUAACGAGGCUUCCUUCGUCUCCGUCACUCGCUUUUUCGAGGUAGUGGAUUAGCUAUGAAAUCACCUUUCGGAGAUUUCCAGAAGAACACAGUUCGGGGGCAAAGCAAAUAAAUUGAAUUCGGAUCUCGGUGGCUUAAGUGAUCUUGUCUUAGUUUCUAAGGACGUGUCGACGAAGCCUGAAUAUCAAACAUGACGGAAGAAACCUUUGAGUUAGAUUUUGGAACAUUUACUGGAACCGUUGUAGACAACAAACCCCAUGGCUUUGGCACCCUUAUAUUCAAACCCGAUGACCCCAUGGGUCGACAAAAAUAUGAGGGCGAGUGGUUGGAAGGGACCAAAACGGGCCAAGGCAAGAUGACUUUCGUGUCUGGAGAUGUCUAUGAUGGAGCAUUUUUGGAUGGCGUACCGCAUGGUCAAGGAGACUUUAGAUACUCGGACGGACAAGUAGAAAAGGCCUCUUGGGAAGAGGGAGCACGCCAUGGUCUUUCAAGAUUCCUGAGUGUCAAUGGGACCACUGAGGAAAUGACCUUCAUUGAUGGAGAGGCCAACGGUCCAGCCAAAAUCGAGAAAUCAGACGGGAGUGUCGAACAGAGGCAGUAUGUGAACGGUAUAAAGAGCGGGCCAGCCAAAUUGACCAUGGUCAACGGUGACACCAUCGAAUACAGUUAUGUUCAUGACGAGAUCGAAGGCGAGGCCACUUACACAUGGAAGGCCAAUGGUGCCAAAGAAAUUAGUCAUUAUGUGAAAGGUGUUAAACAUGGACACUCAGUCGAGUAUUCCGAGAAUGGCGACAAAGAAGAACGAACCUAUGUGAGUGGUGUGCUCCAAGGGCCAGCCGUUGUGUACGGCCAGAACGGUGAUCGGCUAGAUUUCACCUAUAAAAACGGCAAACGCACCGGCAAGGCCACUUAUGUCUGGGCUGAUGGUUCGAAGGAGCUGAGUCUCUACGACGAUCAAGGAGAACAAACCGGACCGGCCAAACUCAUAUGGCACAAUGGAGCUCAACGAGAAGGGCUCAAGAAACAAGGUCAAUGGGAUGGAGAGGUGUUCUACACGUAUUCAGAGGGCCCGCGAAAAGGAAAAAAGGACAAAGAACUGUGGGCCGAAGGAAAGUUGAUCAAAAGCGAAAAGUUCUACGGCCAAGGCGAACAGUGGGACGUAGAGGAUUGGGACGACUUGGAUAAAAUGGACGAUCUUACUAAAUCAUGCCAACCCUCAAAAGUCAAACAAGGCUCGUGAUUGAGGUUCACGAUCACGUUGACAAUAUUUAUUUCGUUCUUGGGGGAUUUUACUUACUAGGUAGAUUGAAAGAGUAAAUCAGAGAACUGCAGAUUAACCGUC